AUGGUGACCGCGCAUGGUAAAGACAUUUGGGUCGGUGAUCUAGUCGAGAAUAACAUUGGCAACUGUUAUCUUUUAAGUAAGUUUGUCACAGUUGCAAAGCCAAAUUCACCUGGAAAUCAUGUUGUUUGUGAGGCUUUCGAGGUCUUACAUGGUGGUUUGUCAAGCGGUAACCAUAUGCCGUUUUUGGAUUCAAACACGAACUUUGGAAUUGUUCCCGAGAAGCAUUAUUUAGCAGUAGACCAUAUUGAUAAUGUUAUUUCGAAGCUACCAAAUUUCAAAGGAGAUGGAUGUACCGUAGAAUACAAUACUAACGGCGAAAUCUGUCUUGUGGCAUUUGGUCUUAAUGGUGAUAUUUAUAACCUUUGGAACGGUCUUCAUUUCAGCACAAAGUUUAAGAGAGUUCGACCUAGCAGUCCCAAUGUCCAACAACUAAUGAAAGUCAUUAUCUCGCCCAUUAUCCUCUGGUCUGAUGACACUUCUGGUAACAAAUCCAAGCAGUACAAUGUAUUUGAUAGCUACCUGAUGUACUUGGCUGCAAUGCCCAUGGAAGAGAGAAAUCACCGUGAGAAUACCAUGUUCAUUUGUACUUCUGACAAGAACUUGAAAGCUGUCAAUAUGGUAAGCUCUCUAGUUGAUGAUCUCGCAAAGCUGGAAGAUGGAAUUGAGGUGUAUUCUUACGAUCAUGGUGAAUAUAUUCUUUUGGUCGCGCCUCUACUCUUGUUGACGGCUGAUAACCCAAGACAUUCAGAAUUAGCUAUGCACAAAGGUACUAAUGCUAGACAUCCAUGCCGUGCGUGCUUACGUCCUAAGCCAAAGAAACUAUCUGAUUUACUUCGAUCUGAUGAAGGUUCCGACGUGGCAUAUAUCUCCCACGACUAUCCCAAGAGACGGUUAGAGGAUCUUCACGAAGUUGUUCAGUGCAAAGUAAAUGAUCCACAACGCUUCAAAAUGUUGGAUCAAACAUACAGUUUUUCCGUCAAUGGUAGUGAGGCAUUUCUUCGUCUUAAUGCUUUCGAUCCCACCAGGGAUUGUCCUGUAGAAGUCCUCCAUACGGUUUCACUUGGUUGCGUUAAAUACCUUGUCGAUUAUCUUACCAAAACGGUCCUCUCUCCAUCCGAGAUAGUCACUCUUGAUGCGGCUUUGCAAUCCUCAAGAAAUCGUGAUGCUUACCCAAGAACCUUUAGACGUAGUCUUCGUCACAGUGGUUCCUUUGUUGGUAGAGAUUACAAGCAGCUGGUACAAGUUCUUCCUACGGUUCUUAACAGGGUGUUUACUGACGAAAAUCAAUUUGGUUUAUUUAAAAGAUGCUUCACAUCCUUGGCAAAGUUGUGUUCAUUGAUCUACAUUCGUGGUGUGGAAUCUAACUUUGACAAAUACAUACUUUGGUUCGAAAAUGCAUUGAAGGAUUUCACAUACCAUUUGUACGGUCUGGAUAAUUCCAUUUGUCAAACCACACAAUCGAAGCCCCCGUUAUUCUCGUUACGUCCUAAGGUGCACAUGCUGUAUCAUUUGCUUGAGGAUAUCAAACGAUUUGGUUGUCCUUUACAAUACGAAACAGAAAGCUCUGAACAAUUCAAUAAGUUUAUUCGUGAGCAUCUGUUUAUGACUAACAGACAAUAUACUUCUAGAGAUGUUGCGAAGCGUUUCGGAAAGCAGUUCAUCUGUCGACAGAUAUUUAAUGGGUUUUCUUUUAAUUACACAAAAGAAUGGAAAGAGAAUGGCUUCAAGUACGUAAAAGUAGUUCGUGGUGAAACAGGUAUUGCCAUCAAAGCUAUGCAAUCGGAAAAUUCGCAGUUUAAGAAGCAUUUCUUUGGUGCAAGAAAGAAUAUAUCUGACAGCUAUUACGUUUCCAAGACGGUCAUUGUUGCUGGUUUGACAGGCUUAUUUCAAACGGAAACUGGCUUAUCAUUAGGUCGGGUUGAGGAGGAUGACAAUAAAGUCCUACACUUAUAUAAAUACUUGUUUGUCAAGGAAGGAGAUCUGGGUGAGGGUCGCUGGCUGUCGACUGUUCAAGUAGAUCGCCUCGGCAAUGUAUUGAUUCACCCGAGCAACAUCGUCCCUGUUGGUAAAGAUUGGAAAUGCAAAGAUGUAAUGGACUUUGGUUUUAUUUUUGACCAGCAAAGAGACAUUCGGUUGAUCAACAUCUCAAAGUUUGGCACGUACUGGUCUUUGAUAGUAAAUUUGCAAUAA